AUGGCUGAGUCUCGGAUAGGUUUAACAAUGUGGAGCUCUGUCGCGAACCGGAAUUCGGGUACGGAAUUCAGGGAUAUGUGGUUUAUCGGCUGCAGGUUUCGUCUUCGAUCGGCGGUCGAUUCGUACUCCGUGGCUUGCGAGGCAUUUUCUGAACACCGUCUUCUUCUGAUUCCGGUUGGGGUUACAAGCAAGCAGCUUUGA